GUGUGUGUGGGGCAAUGUGAGAGCCACUCCAUUUCAACAGGUGCUGAUUUCCCAAAACAGCUAGCAAAUAUUAACCCCAAUAGCCACAAUCACCUAUGAACACUGCCAGAGAACUUUCAGUCACAGUUCCUCCUUCUUCAGCAUACUGAGAGGGUAUAUAGGUGUGUGAGGUGGCCGGUGCAUUUCAGGCUGCUGUUUUGGGUGCCUGCUGGAGCCUACCAUAAACCACCAUGAAGAUCGUUCUACUCCUCUCACUUGGAUGUAUCCUGUUCACCCAGGCAUAUGGCACCUCGUGCCAGGGUCGCUGUGGUUACGGCACAGACCCCAACUACACCUGCCAGUGCAACUCCGCCUGUGAGCGCUAUGGAGACUGUUGCCACGACUACGUAGAAAUCUGCAGAGGUUCCCUGUCCUGUCAAGACCGUUGUGGUGAGAAGUACAACUCCCAGAACAAAUGCCACUGCAACUCUGAGUGCAGCAGGCACAACAACUGCUGCACCGACUACAAGGAUCUGUGUCUGUCAGGCUCCCUGUCUUGUCAGGGCCGCUGUGGUGAGAAGUACAACUCCCAGAACAAAUGCCACUGCAACUCUGAGUGCAGCAGGCACAACAACUGCUGCACAGACUACACUGACCUGUGUGGCGGAGACUCAGGAGGCGGUGACUCUGGCGGCAGCUCUAUUUCCGACAGUGAGAUCGCUGCUCUGUCUGAGGUGCUGUACGCUGUGGACUCCAACAAGGCCUCCAUGAGCCAGGUCAUCCUGGACACCCAGGCCCUCGUAUCCGACUCCCAAACCGGCAACCAGAACGACCUCUCCCCCAACAAGUUGUUCCAGCAUGUGGACGAGGCGUCUCUGUUCUCCAGGCCGACCUUCGCUGCCUUCCUGGCCCUGCUGGACAACUACAACCGCAACACGGGCACGACGGAGGACUUCACCCCCGAGCAGGUGGCAGAGCAGGACAACUUCCUCACCGAGGCCAUUAGCAACACUGAGGUGGGACAGGAGCUCUACGCCUUCCUCCUCACUAAAGGUGUGUACAAGUCUGAGGAGGAGUUCAAGUACGACCUGAAGAUGAUGUGGUUCGGACUGUACUCGCGCUCCAGUGGCAAGAUGGACUCCAGUGGCUUCGAGCACAUCUUUGCAGGUGAGGUUAAGAAUGGUAAGGUGUCCGGCUUCCACAACUGGCUGCAGUUCUACCAGCUGGAGAAGAACGGCCUGCUCAACUACUACAGUCACAGCUUCAACGGACCUUGGGAGACGUACCCUGACGUGCUGGGCAUGCAGUUCAAGUGGGACGGCUACUACAAGCAGGUGGGCUCAGCCAUCAUGGGCUGCAGUCCCGAGUUUGACCUGGCCAUGUACUCCCUCUGCUACAUCACCCGCCCUGGCAAGCAGUGUAAGCUGAGUUUGGGAGGGGAGACCCUGAUCAUCCAGACCUACACCUGGGACAACUCCUCCUAUGGCAACGGCAAGAAGUACAUCGGCUCCGCCUUCCCCGCCACCCCCAGGAGCUACGAGAUGCAGAAGAUGCUGCAGUGACAUGGGGGGUAUUGAAAGCAGGAGGUGCAGAAGCAAAUCAGGCUAAACAUCUGGAUGUAGUACUAAAGCAUCUAAUAAAGUCAAAGAGCCUGGAGUCUUUGUUUUUCUUAAAAUUAAGCCUGCAGACUUCCUGGUAUUAGCAGUUUUAUCCAUUUCAUUAGGUUAACCUAACCAGAUUCAUGACUGAGCCAUGUUAGGCCUAUUGGAAUUACUCCUCCUGGUUGCAAAUAUGAAUAAAUUAA